AUGGCAUUCGGAAACACACUUCUCGCGCUUAUCCUCGGGGCAUGUUUGAUCUCUGCUUUGCCAGGAACCGUUGUGACCCCCAAUGAACUGCUCUACAGCGCUAGAGACGGGGGCAUCAAGUUGCUCACAGUUGACGCUGGCUCAGGCAAAAGCAUGUACGCCCAUACCUUAUCCUGCUAUUGUUAUUAUUUCCGACGCCAGCUUGACACGUUUUUAGUACCGGGUUGGCCCCAAAUCGUGCAAUAUGCCAAGGAUACCUAUGGUGAUGAUGGCUUGACCUAUAAAGUGAACCCACCGGGGCAACCUGAUUAUCAGGCGGUGGUCUGUACAGAUCAAGAACAACUACUACUUAUUUCAAUGCAAGGAGCCUCCAGUUGCUCGACAAGAAACGACACUGUUGCAGGCUCCAUAACUGGAACAACAGGAAGCGUAACUUUGUCCCAUAUAGACACAUAUACUACGGUUCUGGAACCUGGACUAUAA